AUGGUAAUCAUUAAGCUCACGAUAUGAUCAUAUUUGGAGGGGCAUCUUCUGCAAAUGGGAUUUAUCCAAGCUUUCAUAUUAGGCCAUGAGGAUUGUAGCGAGCAAAGUGUUUUAGCUCAAUGAAUAGCAUGCUUUCAUCUCAUUGGUCUAGGAAUAGAGCUCACUGCCAGAUUUUUGCACCUAUCUGCUCAUUCAAUGCUUCAGAUUUACACUUGAAAUGAUUAA